GCCAUUUCGGUGCAUUGUAACUGUCAGUGGUGGCAUGAAAAUGUUACGCAUGCGCAAAGAAAAUCGAGGUCGCGUAGUGACGCAGGCAGAAAUCCAAACAGCUUCCUAUUGAAUACUUAGUGCACUACAUCCGCCUGCACGUGCUGUUAUUUCACACCGUAACGUAGUGCGCUUGUGUAGGCUGUUCAGAGCCAUUUGGGAUACGGCAUUACUGGACCACUCGCUGCCAGCUUACACAGAAUCACGGUGAAUGAAUGACGUGGAUUUUCAAUCAGUUAAAUUUCACCGUUGAACUGAGCGCUGGUGUGAGUGUUGGUCUCCGUGUCGACUGAAUAUUGUGUUUUCACAGCAGCUAAACAAUGAAUAAAGCCAAAGUUGAGAGUCUUCGAGACAAGGUGGAGGGAAAUGAGCUGGAUCUUAGUCUGUGUAACCUUACAGAUGUCCCGGUGAAGGAGCUUGCCGCUGUUCCCAAAGCCACAGUCCUGGACCUUUCCUGUAACAAUCUCACAACUCUAACUCCUGAUUUCUGUACGCUGACUCACCUGGUUAAAGUCGACCUGAGCAAGAAUCAGCUGGUGAGCCUACCGGAGGAAAUCGGGCAUCUCUACAGCCUGCAACAUCUGGAUCUGUACAACAACAAGCUGACCACGCUGCCUCUCAGUUUCUGCCAGCUCAGGAGUCUGAAAUGGCUGGAUCUUAAAGAUAACCCUCUGGAGCCGACACUGGCCAAAGCUGCAGGAGACUGUCUGAAUGAGAAGCAGUGCAGGCAGUGCUCAGGAAGGGUUCUGCAACACAUGAGGUUUCUCCAGGAAGAAGCAGAUAAGGAGCGGGAACGCAAGCUGCUGAAGGAGAAAGAACAGGAAAAGAAGAGAGAAGCGAAACAGAGGGAGAGAGAGGCCCGGGAAAGAGAAGCACAAAAAAGGAAAAAGGCAGAGGAGAAGGAGAGGAAAAGGAGGGAAUAUGAAGCACAGAUGGCAGCUCAGGCUGUGCAGGAACAACAGAAGAAGAAGAAAGAGGAUAAGAAGAAGAGAGCCAGCCAAAAUCAAGAUAAAAAGAAGGUCAGUGUCUCCGGUGGCGUGCCUCAGACCAGACGCUCUUGGUGCUCUCGGCUCUUCUCUCUGCUCCUCAGGGUCUUGCUCCUGCUCAUCAUCGGCGCUGCAGCAGUGAUCGGCACUUGUCGGGUCACCGAGCUGAAGAAGGAGGCGUUCUGUGUUCCUGUAAAUCUGUACACAGAUGAGGCGCUGAGCUGGGCUCGAGGCCUGGACGUGGUGCAACAAGUCAUUCAGAAAAUCUCUGACCUUCAACAAUGACCUCUCGCUGG